AUGGCACCCCCUCCCCCACCACCACCACCACCACCCUCAGCCCCACCACCACCACCCCCAGGUCAGCCUUCUGCCCCUGGGCCAUCUCCCUCUACUGCCAAACCCUCUCCCUCAGACCUCUUGGCUGAGUUAGCCAAUGUGACACUCAAGUCAGCUGAAAAGAACACGUCCCCCAGCACAGGUGGAGAACACAGAAUUGACGAGCAGAUCAUCUCGUCGCAGCUAAAAAGACUCAAGAAGGCUGCAGACCGUCCCAUUGCCAAACCAGCGUCACACUCCACUACCCCCCAUGAUGAAUUGAUGAAUCUGAUAAAGGUAGGAGUCAAGCUAAGACAUACAAAAAAAGACAAAGCAGAGGAGCCAGAAAAGAUACAGUCGCCAAGUGACUCUCACGUGGAUUUGUUGGCUAGCGCAUUAAAGACAAUUGAACACUUCAGCUCACCUUCAUCAGAUGAAGAUGAUGAUGGUUCUGAUGUGGGGAGUUUCCAAGACUCUGACUAAUUAUUAAGAUGUAUUGCUGUUGAAAUAAUUGAAAUAUCAUCUAAAAUUAUAGGGGCUCUUCAGAAUAGGUGAUUAAUUAGUCCGAGGGUCAGGUACAGACGACCCACUUCAAUACUUCCCCAUGGGAUAUCUAUUCAGUGUUUAUUAGCGGAUUAGACAGAGAGCUUUGAAGUGGGUUGCCAUAUU